AUGACAGCCAUAAUCUCCGGUCCACAUUGGCGAGACCCUGAGCAGACCGACGGCAAGAUCAUCCAGAAUCCCGAACCGGACUCGGCCAAUCCCAAGGCGACGACACUAUAUUCGCGUUGUCCCCUCGGGCCUGUUUUCAACACGAGCAACAUCGAUCUGGAAGAUCUCCCAGCUGUCAACCUCAGCCACGACUUUUUCGAUUCCUACGCCUUUUCCACAUUCUCGACCACGGUUCUGAUCAUUAACGGUGAUUCAGAGGCUACUAACAUUGGAUGCAUCUCCACCAACAUUACGCCUGACAUGGGAGGCUAUGCGCAACUACUUCGAUUCCUACCGCUGCUCAUCCUGCUGUUGACCGGCUUUGCCGUCAUUUUCGCCGCGAUAUGGAGCCCUUGGGGCAGCACGGAUGUGUUCCAUUGGACGUCGAAUUAUGGCCGAGACGCUGAUCUCCUGCGCCUAGUUACACCUGGUUUCGGCGACUGUCUUCAGUACAUCCAGUUCAUUGUGCUGACCGGAGGCCUGAGCCUGAACUACCCGGGCUUUUACCAGCCGAUUGUCAGCCAGGCUUCCUGGUCAUCUCUCAUCUUCAACCAGAGCUUUGUGACCAACAGCGAGCCCUGGCAAAGCGUCGUGGACGGGAUCUAUGUGAAGAACGGGACGUAUGGCCUCGAAGAGAUUGGGCAGUUGGUUGGAAUUGCGAGACCCGAGGAUGUCUGGGCCGGUAUGAUGGUAUGGCUCCUCGUCAUCAUCGCUGCCGUCUCGGUCUUUGCGCAAAUCGGCUUUUUGUUCCAGUGGGUGCUCAGGACCCUCUCAGGCACACCAGAGGAGGACCUGCGGUCGAAGAACGUGCCCUUCUCCGUCGGCAACGUCAUUCGCAUAGUCUACAACUACUUCUUGCUCCCCAUCAUUUCAAUUUCGGCCUUCCAGCUCGUCAUUGCCGACCGCUCACCAGCCUACACCAUUGGGCUGGCCGUUGUCACAAUCGUCUUUCUCAUUGUGCCCGCGGCCUGGACGCUUCGACUGAUCAUCAAGACGCGACCCAAGUCUGUUCUCUUCGACGAUCUACCCAAUGUGCUACGUUACGGCCCACUGUACAACACAUACUCGGACCACUCUGCUGCUUUUGCUCUCAUCCCAGUUCUGCUGACGUUCAUUCGAGGCAUUGCAAUUGGUGCUGUGCAAGACAGCGGUAUUGCACAGGUCAUCCUGCUGGCGAUCUGUGAGGUCAUCCAGGUCCUCACGAUCCACGCCUUCCGGCCCUUCAAUCCACCGACAUCGAUGAAUGCGUAUCAUACAGUGUUCUCGACCAUGCGAUUUUUCACCGUCAUGCUCAUGGUCGCCUUUGCGCCCAAUCUAGGCGUCACCGAUGGUCCGAAGGGGUGGAUCGGAUAUGUAAUCCUCCUGCUUCAUGCGGUGGUACUGGUCUUGGGCUUUUUCAUCAACGCACUGCAGACAAUCGUCGAGGUUGUCGCAUUGAUGCUCGGUGCAGGGGGCGACGACGACCGUGGCCUUACAAGAGGGGGUCUGUCCAAAAUCUUUGGUAUGCGCCAGCUCGCUCGUCGCGGGACGCCAAGGAACGGCCCGUCACGCGCAAGUCAACUGUCGACUUCGGCCAUGUUGGACGUGGAGGAUGGUACCAAGACGGGUUACUCAAUGCCCAGCGGGCGUGUGCGAAGCUCCUCUGGUGCCAGUCUCGGUGGCAUGCUGGGCCCUCCACGCCAUCGAGACAGUUCAGUGAUGGACAGCGUCGACAUGUACCCAGCAGGGCACGGUCGUACGCACCGACAUGUGGACAGCGGCAGCUCAGUGGCGUUGGAUACGCCCGGGGGCACAACGUCGAUAUUCUCUUUCCUCACCUCGCCGACUGCGGCUCGAUCACAGAACCCCGGCUUACAUAUAGAGGCGGCCGAUCCUUAUUAUCGACCGCCCCGCAGGCGGCAGGGUACGCUCAGCACCGAGCUUGAAAACCCAACGGCUGCAUCUGAUGCGGCAGCCGGCGACACAGCGCGGACGAUGGCGCCUCCCGGUGCAUCAGGCGAAGACGCAGAGUCAGCGGCCGCUGCAGGGGCCGGCGGUGGCGCUGGAACAGGUCUUGGUAUUGGAGCUGAUAUUUCACGCAAUCCGACGCCGGCACCAGGCGCUGCUAACCCGGCAAACGCCCUUCCCAACCGACCAGACUACUCGACACGCGAGGUUGACUUUUACUAUGGCGUACGUGGGCCCGCGCUCAACUCUGAUGGACCUGGUCGUAAACUCGGCACCGGCCCCGCCGACCCAACUGGUCCGGUGGCCACGGCUACUGGCUGGUUCAGGGGGCUCCUGGGUGGUAAGACAAAGGAGAAGGGCAAGGGCUUCGAAGUGGUACGAAGUGCCCGUAUGCGACCCGACAUGAUGGCACGAAAUGGGGCCUUUGGCGAUGAGACACCGCCAGAAGGUAUUCCUGUGGCGAUGGGCGUCCUGCGGAACGGACCCAUCGACUCGGACGAUGAUGAGCCCCGGCCUAAAGCAUCACCCCAGCGCUCCCCGAUGCGCAAACCUGGCGACCUGCUCACAGAAACCGGAGAGCCAAGGGGUCCGGAUGACGACGAACCUGACAGCCCUGUGAUGGAGCGUCUCCCACGUGGAUCCAUACCGCCAGAGCCUCGGGCAGAAACCGAAGGGCGCUCCGAUAGUCCGGGCCCUGAAAUUCCCCGCAAGAGCUCGAAACGCAACUCUGCGCUAGUGGACUCCUCUCGAUCUGCCACAACUGCUGCCUCGCGCCCGCGGUUCCCGGAGCGACCGACCCAGUUGCAAGGGCCGCCACUUCUCGCACGACUGCCGUUUGAACGAACAGCAUCGCAGAGACGGCUGUCGUCCCACGCCUCGUCCGACUUCAACGUUGACCUCUCGCGCCAUCCGAGCUCGCGUCGCACAGGGGAGCGGCCAGCUAGUUUUGGCAUGGUGUCGCAGCACAACAUCAACCGCGUGGACCCUGAGUUCAAGGACGCGGACUUGAUCGGCACAUCGGCCGAGGUGGUCAAUGAGCGGUCCAGUUCCAGGCAGACAUGA